CUCGCGAUAACUACGUCGGUCUUUCACCAUGUCCCGCGCCUCCAAGCUGACACUGCUCGGCACCUCCCUCUUUGCCCUCGGCACAGUGGUAUUUGUGCAUUAUCAGCAAAAGGCGGAACAAGAGGCAAUGCACCAGGGCGUGAUCCGCGACAUGGAACAGCAGCGCCUCAAGCGGGAGCGCCAAGCCGACUUCGACCAGCAGCGGGCGCUCGAGGCCGAGUACAAGAGGGAGCAGACGGUGCGAGACGGGAGCAGCAGCAGCAGCAGCAGCGGCUUGGGGAGAGUCACGCAGACAGCUCCUCCGACCUAAAAUACCCGAAAUCUGUGGGAUUCCAGUAUCAGUGCGGUGAUCAUGUUGGCGCUGCUGAUGUUGGGUGGGCUAGAAGGGGUGGCUCGGAGAAACGAAGAGCAGGAAUUUGAAAGAGUUGUUAGUCAACUACUCAUGGGUUUUUACGCGUAUUGUUUCAUGGCCGAUCGAGGGAGGGAGUGGACAGCCAAAGAGGACGAUGGAGCAGCAACACGGGCGAAGGAGAGGGAGGUGUCCCGGACGCGAGAGGAAGAUACCCAGUUGUGAACGCGAAAGGAGGACCGAACGGAACGAGGGUGGUGUGUUGUCUUGAUACCCGUCUUCGAAGGCUUGUAUGAUAGUGUUCGUGUAGGGUAAUACUGUACCACUGGGAAUAGAAUAACCCCAAGCCAUUGCAUUCGCC